GAGAUUUAUUGAGUUUUGAAGAGAACUGAAAACAAUUGAGUUUACUUCUGAUUAAUUGAUGCCGAUAUCUAAGUAUAAAUUGAUAGCCCGCUUUGUAUCGGCUUUCCCCCUGACUUCAUGCCAUGCUCACAACAUGCUUUUCCCUUGUGCGACGGCGGAGCCUCCAAGCAACCACAACCACAACCACAACCCCGCAAUUCUACGUAAAGAUAAGCACUUUCACCACCACAUCCCACCUUCCCCAUACAAUCAGCCUGCCAGGGCUUAACCGAGCAUUCAGACACUUCAGUACACAUAAGCAAAUAUCAUCGAGGCAUCAGGGAAGAAGUGCGAACAAACUACAGAACCAUAUUAUCACCCGAAGACCAAUAGCCAACAUGGAGUCCUAUGAAACGAUCCUCAGGGGCAAAUACCCCGCCAAAGCGCAUGCCAGAAAAGUGGUCGAGUAUAUGCGAAAGAAGGGAAAGACGGUCAAUGGAGUGCUUUACCUGGAAGGCCAGAAGACGAAGAUGAUUGAGGAUAAUGAUGGCGAAGCACAUUUCAGGUUUGUUACACUUCUCCUGCUGGCAGUCGUUCUGCUAAUUUCCUUGCGCCAGACAGCGACGAUACUUUUACUACCUCACUGGGUGCCAGCUGCCAGACAGCUAUUUCACAUACGAUAUCGACACGGAUAAAUCUACCCUCUAUAUUCCCCCAAUCGAUGCCGAAUCUGUCAUCUGGUCUGGUCUGCCUAUGUCUGUGGAAGAAGCGCUCUCCCUCUACGAUGUAGACGCUGUAUCCACCACCCCCGAAGUCGCAGCCGUUCUAGCACAUCCCCACGAACACCCUUCUAUCUACGCAAUCAAGAACCAAGUCAGUGAUCACAUCACCUUCCUCGAAUUCAACGACAAAGACUUUGAGCUUCUCAAAGAAGCAAUUGAAGAGUGUCGAGUGAAGAAGGAUGAAUACGAGGUUGCGUUGAUUAAGAAGGCCAAUGCUAUCAGUACCCUCGCACAUACGAAAGUCUUGCAGAUGGUGAAGACGGCGAAGACGGAGGCGGAGUUGUAUGGUGCUUUUUUGGCGACUUGUAUUUCGAAUGGAUGUGCCGAACAAGCUUAUCAUUCUAUUGUUGCUAGUGGGACUGCCGCGGCGACUUUACAUUAUGUGGAUAACACGAAGCCUUUGGAUGGGAAGCUGAAUUUGUUGCUGGAUGCUGCGGGGGAAUUGAAUUGUUACGCCGCUGAUAUUGUGAAUAUUCCCCUUUCAAAUAAUGUUGGGUGUAAAUGCUAAUUCAAACAGACAAGAACUUUCCCCAUCUCCGGGAAGUUCUCCAAGGAAAGUCGGGAGAUUUACGACAUCGUUUUUCAUAUACAACACGUCUGCACAGACAUGUUAAAAGCGGGUGCCAUAUGGGACGAAAUCCAUCUCAAAGCCCAUGAACUCGUCAUUGAGGGUCUUCUCCAGCUGGGAAUCUUGCAAGGAGAAAAGGAAGCUAUCCUCAAGGCGAGAACGAGUGUUGCUUUCUUCCCGCAUGGCUUGGGACAUUAUCUAGGAAUGGAUACCCAUGAUACUGGUGGACAUGCGAAUUACGCGGAUAAGGACUCGAUGUUUAGGUAUCUGAGAGUUAGGGGGCAGGUCCCGGCUGGGAGUGUUAUUACUGUUGAACCUGGAGUAUGUUUCUUCUUCCCCCCCAUUCCAUUUUUUGCCCUCUCUCCCUUCCCUUACCACUUCCACUCUCAUCAAAUUCGAUUCAAUGCUAACAUAGCACAGAUCUACUUCUGCCGCUUUAUCAUCGAACCGUACCUCACUGAUCCCGUCCACUCUAAAUUCAUCAACGUGGAGGCUUUGGAAAAGUACUGGUUGGUUGGGGGUGUGCGGAUUGAGGAUAAUAUCUUGGUUACUGAGGAGGGGUAUGAGAAUUUGACGACGGCUGUUAAGGAUGUGGAGGAGAUGGAGAGGAUUAUUAAUGGGUCGUAAAUAUUUCUUUUGAGGAGUGUGAUUGGAAGGAUGGGAGUGGAUGUAGAUAGUGAAUUUGAUGUGUGAAUAAAUGAUUUUGAGGUUGC